AUGAAGCCUUUCUUCACUCCAGCACAUACACAGCCUCAACAACAUUUUAAGUUUGGAAUCACACAAAACAGUAAUGCACAUAAUCUAAAUCAACAAAAUAACCACCAACCUAAAUUUAAAUUUGGUAUCCCACCAAGCAGACAGGUUAGAUUGCCUAUAGCACAACCUCAACAAUCUGGAUAUAAACCACACUUACCCCAGCAGCCAUUUGGUUAUAAGCCCCCUUUUACUCAGGGACAACAGCAGUUUGGAUAUAGACCACAGUUUAGUCAAGGUCAACCUCAAUUCGGUUAUAAGCCUCAACUCAACCAAGGUCAAACACAGUUUGGUUACCGACCCCAAUUAAAUCAGAAUCAACCCCAAUUAGGUUAUAAACCAAAUUUUGGUCAAACGCAACAGCAGCUCGGGUACCGUCCACAACAGAGAUUGCCGCCCCAAUUAUCUACUGAUGUUAGCAUGCGUACCGCUCCACCUGCAAAACCUCAAUUCCAUAUAAAUGAACUUUAUAAUUUAAAUGAACCUGAAUAUGUAGAGUCUAACUGUAAGAAUGAGGAGUGUGAAAUUGAUUAUAAUUAUAAUAAUGAAUAUGUUGAAUAUGCAGAUGACCUCGAACCGCAUUAUAUUGAUGAUCAGGAUAACAGUGAGCCCCCCGUCCAAAGUAUCGAAAAUUUUCACAUAAGUGCCUGCAAUCAAAACCUGAGAUAA